AUGACCGAUCCUGCCAUAUCAACGCGCUCUACAGGACUCACCAAGUCACAGCACGAGAGACCGUUUGCACCAGACAUCAUCCCACAGGGUAACCUGCUUGGUGUAGAUGCAGAGUCCCGCAGAAGCAUGGAGGUCGCACUCAUGCGAGCUAUCGCUCCUGGAGACCACUCGGCUCGUGAUAGUGCAUUGUGGUCCCUCCAUCAGCAUGGACCACUGCAAGCUCACGCCAGAACGAGUUGGCCAGUCGAAGAGGAGAACGAUGUGGCGCUGACGCGUCGUACUCGAAUGGGAUGA